AUGGCGGCAUCCGACGACCUGAUUGACUUCGACAUUAUCGAAGCUCAAAAGGAAAACGUCCAAUCCCUCCCCGGCGGUAGAUCUGCCCGACAGCUCGCCCAAAUCUUUUCGGCGGGCAGCAACAGCGACAAAAUCCCGGCUCCUUCACCAAACGAUACCAGGACGAUCAACGGUGCAAUCCGACAAGAAUACGAGACCGAACUCGAGUCAAUCGCCGAAUCGGACGACCCCCUCGAUGUUUACGACCGCUACGUGAAAUGGACACUCAAUGCGUAUCCCUCUGCCCAGGCCACGCCCGAGUCCGGCCUACUCCCACUGCUCGAACGCGCAACGAAGUCGUUCCUUUCGUCCUCCCACUAUAAGAAUGACCCGCGGUACCUGAAAUUGUGGCUUCAUUACAUUCGUCUCUUCUCCGAUGCCCCGCGUGAAACAUUUGCAUUCCUCUCGCGACACCACAUUGGCGAGGGACUGGCUCUCUUCUAUGAGGAGUUUGCUGCGUGGCUUGAGGGCGCUGGUCGCUGGAACCAGGCCGACGAAGUGUACAGGCUGGGUAUGGACCGGGAAGCUCGCCCCGCCGAGCGGUUGCUGCGCAAAUACAGCGAGUUCCAACAACGAUACGAGGCACAGCAACAGGAUGCAGGUCCUUCUUCCCCCGCUCUCCCUGUAGUUCGUCCGGCACUGGCCGCAAAAAUGGAUCCAUUCGCCCCAUCAGAUGUCGCUGAGGAUCCGCAGGCUUCGCAGCAGUCACGGCAGCCAGCUGCCGCUCCAAAGACCAAAUCAGGAAAGCCCAAGAUGGCCAUCUUUUCCGAUGCCGAUGUGGGUGCAUCGAGUCAGCCUGCCGUGAGUGGCGGCGAAACAAAAGGAUGGGAGAGCAUCGGGUCGAUGCGAGAGCGCAAGAAGGAAAACGAGGUGGAAGCGAAGCCAUGGGUUGGAGAAACUUUGAAGGCUGGGAAGAAAUCAGGGCCAAUCCAGAAAAUGGCCAUUUUCAGGGAUGAGUCCAAUCCAAAUCCACCUCAAGAAAAAAGUUUCCCCAAGCAAGUACCGGAGCAUCAUGUAAGGGAAGCGGUAAAUCAACGAACCGGACGACGCGAACGCGUCUUUGUCGACUUGGAAUCGGUUUAUCCGGAUCGCCAAAAUCCGACACAUGAAGUUAGCUUCGAAGAGCUGAGGGCGAUGAGACGUGGGUGGAUGAACAAAAACUGGCGGACUCAAAAAGAACCUUUGAAACAGAUUUCCGGGAAUGCCACUGGUGCCGAUUCUCUGACAAUCAAUUCCAACAUAGCCGACACUGAAGAAGAUUUGCCAGAGCAAUUGAACCAGAAACUUAGCAUCGAUGGACAGCAGUCUCGACAAAUCGAACAAGAUGCACAACGCGAAGCGAAAGCUGCGAAGUCCAAGAAGUUCAAGGUUCAUGGAGAUACGCAGACCGUCAAAAUGAAGUUUGAUUCUCCCUCGAGUUCCAAGGUCCGGCGGAAGAGCACUCGGGAGCCGACAAUGACCAUGCAUACUCGUGCUGCUACCGAUGAAAUCUACAGUAUCUUCAAUCAACCUCUCAAAGCCGAGGAAGAGGAUGCCGCCGAUAGUUUGUAUGGCAGUGAAUACGAAGAUUAUGAUACAGGAGAUAGCACAGGCACCGGCCACAUCUCUGCUGCAUCAAGUGACUUUGGGGAUGAGGAGACCCAAACUUUCCACAAGUCGUUUGAUGACACGGAAUAUGCUGACACCACCCGAGCCGAGAGCGUUGUUGGUGAUGACUGGACUGAGUUUACUGCCAGAGACGUCCCCGGUGUUGAAAGCGCCGAUGGUACCUCCCAUUCUGUUGUCAGCGAAGAUAUUCCAGAAGGUUCGCAACAUGGCACUCCGGAAAAGGAGCGGUUUGUUCCGCAGAUGCCAGAAGACUAUAAUCCGCCAUGCGGUACUUAUCGUGAUCCUGCCAUCAUGGCACAAAAUCGUUUGCCUUUUAUGACGCCAAUUGUGGAACGAACGGAAAGCUCUAUCUCGAUGACGGCUGCUCGAAACACGAUCUACAAUGCAAAAACGCCAACGAGACCUCGAACACCAUCUGGUGUACCCCAAAUGGGCGAUUUACUUCUUUCGAGCCCAUUAGGUGCGCCCACACCUUACCACGGUGAUAAUACGAUCUCUUCUGUGGCAGAUGUUCCCUUCAGCCCUACUGCAUUCAGGGCUCUUGCACCCAAGCCAGGUCGUCGGGAGGCAACCAUCAGGGAUUUGCAGUGCAAUCCGACUGACAAAGGCAUUCGAAACACCAUUUUGAAUUCCCUAGAACCGCCGCUUGCGACCUAUGCUGGAUAUCAUGGGCACGUUAAGGACAGCAACUACGCAUCUAUGAUUCAAAAGUUUGUCAAGGCUCACAGCAGGAAAUCGAGGGCUGCUGCUGGCGAUGAUGAGGAAUUUGAUACACCAAUUCUGGAAUUUCCAGGUGCCGAACGGAGCUAUAUCAUUCGUCGAGAGCUUGGAGCGGGUGCAUAUGCUCCUGUCUACCUGGCCGAGAGUGUGGAUAGUCUAGAGUCAUAUGACUCUGACUCAGGUGCAGAAGAUACCAACCCAAGCAGCCUGGCAAGCAAGAUCAAUCCUUACGACAAACCACGAUACCAAUUUGAAGCCGUCAAGGUAGAGAAAGGCCCCUCAAGUGCCUGGGAGUUCUACAUGAUCCGCGCCGCAUAUGAACGCCUACGCCAAUCAGCAGGCCACGCCCGUGCAACCGACAGCAUUGUUCGCGCUCAUGAGCUUCAUGUUCACCAACGCGAGAGUUUCCUCGUUGAAGACUAUCGUGGUCAGGGGACACUCCUUGACCUAGUCAACAUCGUCCGCAAUGAGCACAAUUCCGACAGCGGGCUCGAGGAAUCUCUCGCAAUGUUCUUUUCAAUUGAGCUCUUCCGCGCCGUCGAAGGCCUCCACGCCAACGGCAUUCUGCAUGGCGACAUCAAAGCAGACAACUGCCUGGUCCGUCUUGAUGAAGCCAAUUCAAACUCGCCCCCAGAAAAAUCCCUCUCCCUCCUCGAUCUCGAUGCCAACGAUUCUAUUCCCGACGAGCGUGAUAGCAUCUACUACUCGCCAAGCGGCUUACACGGCUGGCGGAACAAGGGCCUUUCACUGAUCGAUUUCGGCCGCGGAAUCGACAUGCAUGCCUUCCAGCCAAACGUCCAAUUCAUUGCGGACUGGGAAACAGGGACGCACGAGUGCAACGAAAUCCGCGAAAUGCGCCCCUGGACCCAUCAAAUCGACCUCUAUGGCAUCGCAGACACAAUCCACGUCUUGCUCUUCGGUAAAUAUAUCGAGUCCUGCCCCGUCCGCACAAGUGGUGGGGCCGGAAGUCCCGGCUCAAGAACCUACCGCAUUCGCGAGUCGUUGAAACGAUAUUGGGAUCGAGCGCUGUGGUCUGACGUCUUCGAUCUGCUGCUCAACCCUUCCUCUGAGCGAUGGGUUGCGAUGGAACGGGAGGAUCGCGAGGAUGUUGUUGAGACUGAGUCUGGUGCUGCCUUACCUGUUUUGGCAUCUAUGCGCUUUGUUCGGCGGAAGAUGGAGGAUUGGCUUGUUGCGCAUGCUGAGAAGAAAGGUCUUGCGUUGCAGUUGAGGAAGAUUGAGGCUAUUCUUUCUGAGCGGAAGAAGAAGCUUGAGCGGUCUUAG